UUUGAUCUCCAUCGUUUGGAGCCUGGGUACCCUUUGAUCAUUGGUGAAAGAGGCUGUGAGGCUCACUCAGAUGGGAAUACCGCUGAUUCUAAUUGCAUAUUUUUGUUAUCAUUUCAUUGUCAAUUGAAUACAUCUCAAUUCAUGGAGCUCAUGCAUGAGUCAAGCUAUGAUAUUGGAAACUUGGAUGCCACCUUGAUUCUUCAAAGACCAAAACUGAGUCCUCACAAGUAGGCUAUCAGAGAAAAUUUGUGUCAGCUGCUUGGAGCAGAUCCUUCUGUUAUAAAUUUCAAAGCAAAAACUCAUGAGAAGGUUGACAGCUUAGGUGAGAAUAGAAGUAUAGCAGAUCACACAGUUGUCUUCUCAUGA